CAGCAGCAGCAGAAGGAGAAGGAGGAGUGAGGGAGGGAGUUCACUAAAAGUCCCAGCACAUGCCUGGACUCAAGUUUCAGAGUGGAAAAGAGGAGGAAAGAAAGGCGAGUGGACGAGACGAGACGCGCGAGACGAGGCGCCUCUCUGUGAUGACACGCACCUUUUUUUAUGGAGCCGCUGAGUCUGGAUGAUGAAGAUUUGCCCAGGAGUAACACUGUUCCUGAUUAGUGUCUUCUUCACAGAUGUUUGCACCGCCAUUAAUGCCACGGUCACUCCGUCUCCGUUCCUUGUGGCACUCGAGGGUGAGAACGCCACGCUCUCGUGUCAGGUGACCCAGCAUCACAAAUCCGACACUGCUCUCGUGCUGCGCUGGCUUUUCCAUCCCGCGUCUGGAGGAGACGAGCAGCUCCUUGCCAAAGUGAACAUGAGGAGGGCCAAAUUCUAUGGAAACUACUCCAAGAGCUUCCCCAAACCCAAGAUCAAGUUGAUUGUAGUGAAGCAGGGCAAGAUCUACAACCUCUUGAUCAUCAACAUUACCAGAGAAGACAGAGGCAUGUACAGCUGCAAAGUGCAGGAGUUCAAGAAGCACCAGGAGAAAUGGAAAUCCUCCGUCGACUUCACAGCAGCUACAGAGCUUAAAGUGCACUUCCUUCCACCCACCAAUGCCAAGGAUGGGAUCUGGAGCCUGUUUGAAGUGCACUUCCUUCCACCCACCAAUGCCAAGGAUGGGAUCUGGAGCCUGUUUGAAGAAAAUUAUCAUUUGGUGAAAAGUCCUCAAAACAGUUCUGGAGAAACAGUCACAAGUGUAGUGAGCCUGUCUCCAGUGCUUCCCAAGAAACAAAAGAAUUACAAGACGAAGAAAAAAUUAGAUCAGCUUGAGGAGCCGCCAGAGAUCCCAGCUAAAGCACCCAUUGGUGAUAGACUGAGAAAGCCCAAACUUUUAAAACCUCAACCAAGAAAGAUCAUUUUGCCAAAGAUUGCGGAGGAGAGUUUAACGUAUGCUGAACUCGAACUGGUUAAACCUCUCCCAGACGCCAAAACGUCAAAGACAGGAACUGUGUACGCCCAAAUCCUUUUUGACGACAAAAUGGUGUAGGAGGAAACCAAUUUUGCUUUAUUAUUGAUUAUUUAUAAUGUUUUUUUAUAUUACACCCACUUGUAAAAAGUGAAAAAAAAAACUGUAAUCAUUCAUUUCCAGAUUUGUAUCAUAGAGUGUAUCAUACAAUUGUUGUUCUUUGUUCAUAUUGUGUUUUUUUAUUACUUUUAUAAUUGAAAAACUCAAACCCAGACGCCUGGGCCAACCAAUGACACACACAGUUGUAAAGAACAAUCCACUGUGUUUAGUCUGACACCAGCUCUGAGCUGUAUAAACAGCCAAUUUAAGCCGUCCACUCGCAUGUAACUACUCCUAUUAUCAGAUUUCCCCUUUAAUCUGGAAGCCAAGAUCAACUGCCACAAAUUAGUGAUCCAGAGGUAAACUUUGAUUGCUAGUUGAAGCUAAAGAACCAGACAUGAGCAAAAUGUUGGCUUUAAUGACCGUGUGCGACGUUAUGUUUAUCUCUUUCAGUCCAUGCUAGGCUAAUUUGUCUGAGCAAAAAGCAUUGAAAUGUUC